AUGGAUUGGUUUUCACUUUUUAUAUUUAAUUUAUUUCCAAUUUUAUUACUUGCCUAUUUAAACAUUCAAUUAAUGCAAACUCUGAGGCACAUUGUUAGAAGAGAUUCUUCUGUUUCUGCAAACUUUUUACAACAAAAUUGUGAAGAAAAUAAUGAACAAAUUAGAGUUUUGCCUGUAGAAAUUAAGGAAGAAAAUCAACAAAAUAAUUGUAAUAAUUCAAAUGCUAAUGCAAUGCUUUUUGCUGUUGUUCUACUUUUGUUUGUUUGUAUAGGGCCACAAGCUGCUGCCAGAUUACUUUAUGAAUGGCAUGGAAUUUAUCAUUUAAAUUCUGUUUUGUAUACUUGCAUUACACAGCAGGUAAAAUUGAAAAGAAAGAAGGGGGGAUUGGUGGAGAAGUUAAUGUUUGGGUAAAACUAGAGUGUGGCACUGGACGGGAUUCUUUAGAAAUUUACAGGAUC